AACGUCCGGAGCUGCGCAGUGGGAGUCAGCUGACAGUUGUGACCAACCAGCGGGUGUAACAUCUCAACUGAAGAGACCCUUGAACGGAGAAAAAAAAAAAGCCUCCCUCUGUCUAUACUAACCGUAUCAGCCGUGGAGAACCGGACAGCCGUUACCACCGAUACCCGGUCACGUCUUCUCGCCUCCUGCAGGAUGAGUGUCGGCGCUCCGAGAGGCCUGGCCAGCUCGGGGCAGAAGCCUAUCGCGGAGAUCCUCCACCCGCUGUCCGCCUCCGAGGAGCCGCUUUCCGUCACCGUCAACGUCGAAGGGAACAAGGAAGCAGGGCUGACCAAUGGCACGCCGGUUGAGACGUCGAGUCCCGCCUCCGCGUCCUCGCUGUUCAACAGGCUGCAGCUGGACGACGACCUGGAAGCAGACGUCCGGGACCUCUACACCUCCACAGAAACCCGUGACCUUUUUGUCACAGUCGACGACCCAAAGAAGCACGUCUCCACUAUGGAGACCUACAUCACCUACAGAGUCUCCACCAAGACAACAAGGAUAGAGUUUGACCUGCCGGAGUACUGUGUGCGACGGCGCUACCAGGACUUUGACUGGCUGAGGAUUAAGUUGGAGGACAGCCAGCCGACCCACCUCAUCCCUCCGUUGCCAGAGAAGUUUGUGAUGAAGGGCGUGGUCGACCGUUUCUCGGAGGAGUUCGUGGAGACGAGGAUGAAAGCUCUGGACAAGUUCCUGAAGCGAGUUGCCGACCAUCCCGUCCUCUCCUUCAACCCACAUCUAAACACUUUCUUGUCUGCCAAGGACCUGAACAAGCGUCAGGGUCUGGCCCUGCUGACCAAGGUGGGCGAGUCAGUGAAGCACGUGGCCGGAGGCUACAAGCUGCGGGCGCGGCCGGCCGAGUUCUGCGCCAUGGGAGAAUACUUGGACACCUUCAGCCAGAAACUGGGGACCAUCGACCGCAUCGCUCAGAGGAUCCUCAAAGAGCAAUCAGAGUACCUCACAGAGCUGCGUGAGUACGGCACCGUGUACUCCAGCUGGGCGGGGUCUGAGGAAGAGCUGCGGCGCCCCCUGGAGGGCGUUGCUGGCUGCGUGACGACGUGCUGUGGAUCGCUGGAGGACCAGAGUGACAGCAUGAGCCAGGACUUCCUUCCUGUACUCAGAGAGUACGUCCUCUACAUAGAGUCCAUGAAGAAUGUUUUGAGGAAGCGAGACCAGAGCCAGGCGGAGUACGAGGGUCGACUAGAAGCAGCCAUAUUGCGCAAACAGGAAGACAGAACACCAAUGCCGGUGGAGGUAGAGAAAUGCCAGGACAAAGUGGAGUGUUUCAAUGCUGACCUGAAGGCAGACUGGGAGCGCUGGCAGAGCAACAAGAGACAAGACUUCAAACAGCUUCUCACCAGCAUGGCCGACAAAAACAUCAAUCACUAUGAAAAGUGCCAGGCAGCGUGGGAGUCGCUUAUAACGCUCCUCCAGGACAAACAGACUGAGGACAAAACGAGUGAGACGAACUGAAACACCUCCUCAUGUGUCGGCCCCCUCUCUGUCUAACACACUCUCUCGUGCCAAGGAAAAGGACCAACCGGGGCAGCAGACUUGAACUGCUGGACUUUGCCCCUGUUCUCCUGUGAGAUGAUUGUACGGAGGGGAGUCGUCUCUCUCAGUGAUCUGACCUGCGAAGGAGGUAACGGAUGGUGCAUUCAAGGCUGGCGGGGAAAGAGGAGAGACCUACUAUGUACAGACACUUUUUGUUUUGUUUUUUUGUCGUUGUUCUUAUUGACUUUUUCUACUUCAUAUUUCCAAUUAACAGUUGCCAAUGCUGCUUGUGUUUAUUUAACCGCGGCCUCAGAGAGGCAUUUUUUCUGUCUGUUCUCUCCAUGUUCACAUUUAGCCAAGUGUUAUGGAUGACUCUUUAGCGUUGCAGAAAACAGAUACAAUAAUAUUAUUUUGCGUGGGCAUGAAGUAUUCAGAGCAUCCCCGAGAUUUUUUUCCCUGUCAGGUUGUAAAAGCCUUUGGAAAUGUAACACUAAAACUCUCCACUGAUACAAGACUCAUUAAAUUCUCUUUCAUCUCUUAAAGGGACCACAUUGGCUGUAAAUUUGAAUCUUACUACUUAAUACUUAAUUUAAAGGACCAUACCCAUUCAUGAAGCUAAGCACAGAUCCACACAGCAGAUUUGGUUAUACAUGUGUUUUGAGUGCAGUGUAGCAGCACCACCUAGUGGUUAACCUGCUAAUAGUUUUCAUUCUUUUGAAACUGGUGGCUAAUACCUCUGUUGGAUUCUCCUGAUAGCACAUGUUUUGUUUUAGUUUUUUUAAUUUAUUUUUUUACCAUGGCCAUUUAUACCUGCUGUAGGGAUUUCAACUUCUUCUUCAAGCGAAGGCUUUAACUUAGUUGGGGAUGCUAAAAGGAACAGCGGGCAGAAAACGUCUGCAUUGGGAACAUGCGGCAUUAUUGCACCUCAUUAACAAAAUGUGUCUUGUUUUAAGAAGAGAAAGUCUCGAAGGCUGGAUAUGACCUGAAAUAACCUUUUAGAAAAGAGUUCAGAGUUUAGAGCUGUCAUUGAGGCUUCUGGGAAAUCUCUGCGGUGUCACCUGAGGAGUUGGAUAGACCAGUGCUACAAAAUUAGUUUUGUGAAAGCUCUUCAGGUCAGAGCCAGAUGUUGCAAAAACUACAUUCUGAGUGAUACACCCUUUUACUUUAAAAUCUAACGAGACUAAAUGACUCAGUACUGUGGAAAUGGUUUACAGUUUAGUUCUGUUAAUCCCCUCUGACUGAGCAGUUUGACGAUGUGACCUUGUCUGCUCAGCUUUGACGCAUUUUUCUUUGACUCACAUUUUUAAGAAGGUGUGGUAGCACUGCAGCAUGUACGGCGACCAACAGCAUUUUUGCGUAACACUUGUUUCCUUUUAUGGGUUUUUUUUUUUUGGCUCAAAAUGUUGUUGAUGAUGUGGCCUUGCCUUGAAGGAAAAAUCCAUUCUGAGAUAUUCUGUUAUAAAUACAUCAAUGCCUCAUCUUUGAUGAACCCACUUUAUUUAGUGAUUUCUGACUUUUCCCAAAAUGGCUUUCAGCCAUAGAAGAUAAAUGCAGCUUGCUGAGAGUUUAAUGUUAUUCCUUUUAAUAUCCUGGCUAAUUUGAAUUUCCUCAGCCGUACUGCGAGCUCAUUACGGUCAGCAUAAAGUAGCGAAAACUCAACCAAUGAUGACCACGGGCAGACUCAGUAAGGGACAUCUUCAUCAGAACCACAUUUACAAAGACACUGAUUUGAACUUUUGUUCAUUUGUGGCACAGAUCCCACAGUGUUGUAACCUCAUGAACAGAAUUUUUUUCCCCCAACAAAUGUAAUAAUAACUUCUGUUUGAUGACGAGUUUCUUCAGCGUCAUUUCAUUUACUGAAAGGAUUUUCAGAAAUAAAGUGCUGAUUUGACUUGUUGCGGUCUGUGAGAGGCUUUGUUAAAAACAGAGAAAUCUCCUGUGUUUUUAGUUGUUUCUUUUAAAUGUCCUUUGAUCUAAUUGUCCUGGAAUGGCCCUUGUCCUGUUUUUUUAAGCUGAUGUCGCAUUACUGAGCCUGCCCUCAGUGUAGCCAAAUGCGAGUGCUGUAAGACAGCGAUGAGAGUAAGUUACUUUGGCUGUUUUUAGUACUUUGUCAGUUCUCUUUUUAUUUGUCCUUCAUGUUUUCCUCGAGCUUUAAAAGCAUGAAGCAGCUUCUUCUUACUACCAGAAGUCAGUGAGGUGGCACAUGAAGAAAAUAGAAUUUUUAUUUUGGCAUUUUGAAUGCAGCCAGUUAGACGGAGAGAAGCUUUCUGAGUAACUGUGUUCUAGUGUCGAGGCAGCUACGAACAGUACUACAGAUACACUAAUGCACAAUUAUUGUAUUUGUACUGAAAUAUUAAAAUCCACAUGUUUCUUUCACAUAUACUGUAGAAGAAGACCUCCGUUUUUAUCCCCAAACUACUGCUAGAACCGUUCCACUAUAAUUUUCCACAUUUUCCAUCCUUUUUAUGUUAAUUUUCAUAACUUACAUGAACAUGCACCACAAUGGAAGAUAUUUUAAAAAUGGUUUAUCCAAACCUCACAGACUGAGUCACUGUUAUUCACUUGGCAAGAGCAGGAAUUCAGGAAAGGUAAUGCAUCACUAUUAAGCAAAGUUAAAGGUACCCUGUAGAGUUUUUGACCACUAGUAGCACUAUGGAGCAGUGUUUUUGUGAGUGGGUCCCCAAUUUGUUUUUUAUAUAUAUAUAUAAUUAGUUUUGACUAUAAAGUUUCAGAUUUCAAAAUCUGUUCACCAUUUCAUAUUAGUGCACUGCACUCGGGAACAGAAAUGAGAGAGCAAGUUAAUAUAAUGACUUGAUAAAGAACUAAGGAAUAGGAAAUGUAGCAAACAUGAUAAAAGUUAAUCUGAUAGGACAAAAAGCGGCUUUGAUCACGGUUUCCUUUUAGUUCUGUUUUAUUUACUGGAUCCGAUCGAUACUCUGUAUCUGUUUGUUUACAGCUGAUCACUGUAAAUCGUGGCAGUGAUUUUUAAAACGAAGGCACGGUGCAUCUGUAGGCUUUGCUGCUAUAAAUGCUGUAAAUGAAGUAACU